CGCCUUCAUUUCCAUUUCGGAUGUGCUAUUUGAGGUGUCCUAGAAAACUUUCCCGCGCUAUUCCAUCUUCUUCGAUAAUCUAAACUGUAAACCCUACAUCGAUCCGAUGGCUCCCAAAUCCGAUAGUGCCGAAGGAAUCGUGCUUAACUUCGUCAACGAGCAAAAUAGACCACUGAACUCUCAAACUGUUGCUGAUUUCUUGCAAAAAUUCAACCUGAAAAAGACUGCAAUACAGAAAGCUCUUGACACUCUUGCUGAUAGUGGAAAAAUAACAUUUAAAGAAUAUGGAAAACAGAAAAUAUACCUUGCUAGACAAGAUCAGUUUCAGAUUCCAAACACUGAAGAACUUAAUCAAAUGAAGGAAGAAAAUUCCAAAUUACAACAAAUCUUGGAAGAACAAAAGAAAGCAAACAGUCAGCUUGAAGGAGAAAUAAAGUCUUUGCAGUCAAACUUAACACUGGAAGAGAUACUUUCCAAUGAUGCAAAACUAAGAAACCAGGUUAAGGAAAUGGAAGAAAGAUUGGCAAAAUUACGAGGAGGGGUAACUUUGGUGAGUCCAGAAGAACGAAAAGCUGUUGAGAAAACUUUCUCAGAAGCAAUAAGUCAUUGGAGAAAAAGAAAAAGAAUGUUUAAAGAUGUGUGGGAUACAAUUACUGAAAAUUCACCCAAAACCCCAAACGAAUUCAAGGAGGAACUUGGUGUUGAAUAUGAUGAAGAUAUUGGUGUGAGUUUGCAGACAUAUUCUACUUUAAUGCCACAUGGAAAGAAACGUCUGAGAGGCUAAGAUUCUAUCCAUUAUUGCAUGCUUAUGAGGUAAUCAGAUUUAUAAAUUAGUAGUUUUGUUAAUUGUUAUUUGUUAAUGAUUUUGACUUUUUGACAUUUAGUAUUAUAUAAAUAUAUAAAUGGUCCACAUUAUAAUUUGAAAAAAUCAGAAAAGAGCAAACAUUUUAUAUUAAAAGUUUGAAACCCCUUUUUCUUCAUUUUCAAUCUUGUAGUCCACUUGUUCCUACAUUGCAAUGGUGUAUGGACCAGGGACCAAAACUGCCAUUUUUUGAAAGCACAGGGACAUGAUCUAUUAACUUUUAAGAGAUUGAACCCUUUCAGAAACUAAUAGUGUGUCCCACUGCUAACACUAAUUCAAUUUUAAAGGGUAAAAAAUAGUAUUUUGAUAUGGACCAGGGACCAAAACUGUCAUUUUUUUGAAACCACAUGACAUGAUCACUGAUUCAAUUUUAAAGGGUGAAAUAGUCUUUUGAUAUGGACUAGGGGCCAAAACUGUAAAUUUUUUAAACCACAAAGACAUGAUCUAUCAACUUUUUUAAUGAUUGGACCAAACUUGCGAUUCUAAGCAAACCACAGGGACCAUUUCUGCAAAUUUUUGCUCCGUGUAUUGGAUUAAAUGACUCGGCUCAUGUAUUGAUUGCUUUGUCUUUCGAAGAUAAGAUCAAAAUGCAAAAUUAUGGUCAUAAUGGAAAGAGACCCGAUCAAAUGUCCUCGUCUUUUAUUGACUAUAAACAAACUAAUAAUCUAAUAUAUAUUUAAAUAUGAAAGAUAGAUUACGUACUUAAUUUCACUUUUGGUUUUGAAUUUAACGUUUAUAGUAUUGGAUUUGAGUAACUUGUUUUAUCGUCUUGAUGAAAAAUUAAAUAUUAUUAACCUAAUUAUAAUAGUAAAAAUGCAAUGUUGAAUAUUUUCUAAUUCAAGCUCUACAAAAUAUCCCGAUUUUCAACAUAAUACCAAAUUGUAAAAUUUCCUAUAUACAAAAGUCGAAUAGCUAAAAUACAAACUUUUAGAUACCAAAAAGCAUUUAAUUUAUUAAUUACCACCAUAAAUGAAAGAAACCUUAAAAAAACAAUAAGCUACUUCCACCGGUUAUUGCCUAUGCAAUCGUUUGAUCCCUGUAGAAUUUAGCUUAUUUUCUAAAUUUACUUGUUGUCCUUGUGAAGUAAUAUAAUCUUUAGCAGAAUGAAAUGAUUCAUUUUCGUCUGAAUUUGAAUCUGAACUAUCAGAAACAAAUGACUCUGAGCGAGCGAGUUCCACAACUGCUCUGGCGGCAAUUGCAGCAUAAGCCGCUGAUUCAAAUGCAUCUUGUGCUGCUUCUGCUGCAUCUUUAUAAUUUUUUGACUCAGAGAAAUUCAUUUUAUUUUCAAUUUUCUUUUUCUCCACCACUUUCUCCUGCAACCAUAGAUUCAAAUUUUAACAUUUUUUCUUAUGAAAUUUAUUUAUUUAAUUACCUUUCUCUACAAACCUUUCUUAUCUCGGGAGAAUAUAUAUCUAGUUGCAAAAUUAUACCAUUCUCUUUGGCAAUAUCCAUAAGUAUCUUCAUUCUGCAUUCCAAAGUCGAUUGUGCGGGUGACAGUUUUUGUAUCAUCUAAAACAAUAAAAUUAAACAUUCUUUAAUUAGUUAUUAAAUUAACAAAACCUUUGUAUUAUAAAAAAACACCACUAUCAUUUUUUUAUAUAUAAAAAUCUAACCAUUUGACUAACUCCACAGUUUCUUCGUAACUCGCUAGCACCCUCAGCAAAUUCUUUUCCAAAACGACUCGUUAAAAUCGCACGAAUCUCUUGAAGUUCUGGAAACUCCCCACAUCUUGGAGCCCCAUAUAAUAGAUUUGAUACUGCCUCUUCCAAUUCUUUUGGACAUUCACUAAAAAAAAACAAAACGUUUUAAAAGUAAGUAAAACAUCAUUCUUUUGUUCAUAAAAAGUGAGAAAAUAGAAAGAAAAAAAAAGCAACUUACUUGACUUGUUCUAUGAGGUUGAUCCUUUGUAUGAGGAGAUUGCAAUAGCCAUGUAUCAUGUCAUACACAUCCAACAUGUUUUGGUCCUUGAUCACUUGCUCAACCUAUCACAAUUACACCAUUACAUAAAAACUUUGAAACUUUUUGCCAUGAAAACCAUGUUUGUUAUAAUCAAAUAGAUGGAUAGAUGGACAGAUGGAUAAAUAGAUAAACAGACAGAUAGACAGAUAAAAUAUACCCGAAGGAGGGCUUGUUGGUGGUGGUUAAGGCGGAGGAGUUGGAUGACAUCGGAGUGGGCGAUGGUAAACCUUGCAAGGCGAUGCUUUUUGAGUUGUGAAAGGCGGGGGAUGGCAAGGUUUAGGGUGGUUUUAAGCUUUGAGGUUUUAAAUUUCCGGCCAAGUAGCGCAUCAAACUUUUUUCCCAUAGCUCUCUUUUGUUUUUCUUUUCUUAGUGUUUUGGGAAGAAAACUAUGCACAAGUUGGAAGUAUGAAGAAGAUGCUAAAUAAACAAAGUAGGUGAGGGGUCAAAGACAAUCAACAAAAAACCAACUUGACGCUUUCAAUUAUGACCAUGAAAUAGAUCUAUGGGGACUUGUUUAAAUGUUAUCUUUAGGUUUUAACAUUUGUACAAUAAAACCCAUCUUUUAUUUAAAAAUAACAUUUUAAAUCUUAAUUCA